UUAUGCUUAUUAUUAUAUUAAUAAAAUUAAUUAAAAUUAUAUUUUUUUACAAAAUGAAUAAUAUAUAUUAUGUUAAUAGUAGAUAAUCUAUAGAUGAUCUUAUUAUAUUACAUGAGACUGCAUCAUUGUAAUCAUUAUAUCUAUACAUUACUAUCAUUAUUGCCUUAUCCUUUUAUUAUCUUUGCAUGCACACAUAUGUUAAUAUAAAAGCUUGCAAUUAGACUAUUCACAAAUGUGUCUCGUAUUGCUUUAAUGUAUUUUCUACUUUGUAAUGCAAAGUAGAAAAUUGUCUAUUGUUAUAAUUUUAAGUUUGAUAUUUUUUUCAGAACAUCAUGUACACUUCAGCGGUGCGAGUGGUCUUGGGAAGGACAAUAACAUUAUGAUACAACCGCAACGACAUGGGCAUAUAGAUGUUCAUCUUGGAUUCUUACAGCUUCAUCACAGGUAUCACGUGGAGUUUUCUAUACCAUGGAAUAUUUGUGUUCACGGUGAAGUUCUUGCACCAGCUAUAGUUGCCAGUAAUCAGCACAAUCCAGACUGUCAUAUCAUUGAACUAAUGCAAGAGAAAGAUGGUCUAAAGUUAAAAAUUGAAUUGCUGGCUUACAAGGAACGAAUCUUGAAGGAAGAAGUUGAAAUCAUGUGUUGUAAUUUUGGCACACCAUUGAAAAUACUUUUGAAUGCAAGAGUAUUAGGUAAAGACAAAGGAACUCCAUUAUUAAGGAAUGGUAUACGCAGUGUUGCUGUAGAAGGUGUUGAAAAAGACGAUACAUCUGACUGAAUCUACUAACAAUCACAAUGCUUCUAAAUAAAACGCGCUUUUGUACGCUUUAACUAAAUUGAUUUUAUAAUUGUUUAGAUUGAACAAAUCUAAGAUA